UAAUUGUUUUUAUAUGCUUGUGUGCUCAAAUUUAUACAGAGCUUUUGUGCAUUUUUUGGUGGGUUCUCCAUCAUUUUACUGGUCAAAUUGUAGUGUUUAAUGCAAUAUUGGACUGUGGGUGAAGCGAUUGCGUUGUAGAUAAAUGGAUAUUAAUCUCUACAAUGCAAAUGUAAUUGGUAUGAAUCCAGCUGACUUGGGAAUGGUGUGGAUGGGACAUAAUUCGAUCAUAAUGGACGAAAAUGCCACAAAUCCAUUCUUCGCCCAGACAUCGCUGCCGUCAUCAAUGGGGCUCUCCGUGAUGGAUGACCUGAGCCAGCAGACGCAGGCCAUGGUAAAUUUUGGAGACGUGAGUCCAAUGAUGGGUGUUGUGUCUGAUUUCUCGAAUGGUCAGGCGUCGGCUCAACUGUCCGGGGAGCAGCAACAGCAGCCGCUGUUCAGUUUGCCGGCGCAUGUGGCGGGUCCGAUUCAGGUGCAGGUGGCGGCUGCACCUGUGAACAAUUGUCUGGACGCGACGGCGUAUAAAAUCAAUCCCAUUGCCAUGUCGGAGUUGGAGACGGAGAGUCUGCAGGAGCACUUUCAGCAGCAACAGCAGCAGAUUCUCAUGAAUGACGAGCACCGGGCGAGCUUUCGGUAUCGCGCGUCGAUGGGUCUUGAGAACGGCGUUGAGAUGGUGUCGGAUUUCGAUAUGAGUGACUUCGUGAUGCAGCAGCAGCAGCAACAGCAGCAGCAGGAGAACAGCAGCGAUGAGUACUCAAUGGGAGCCACGUCGCCGAAACACCAGACGAUCGCCACGCAGACGAGUAUGGAGGGCAGGGACACCUUCAGGAAGAUCAAGCCGGUGAAGCGGCCAGGAUUGGUGCUCAAAACGCCCAUUGCCUAUGAAGGCAAUGUCGAUCCCUCAGAAAUUCCCAUCCAAAAAGACGGCAUGGCUGUUUGCGAGAAGUGCGGCGCCAUUGGCGUAAAACACUCGUUCUACACGAAGGAGAGACGUUUUUGUAGUAUGUCCUGUGCCAGAAACUUUGGUGUAAGUCCGGAUCGCAAAGUGGGAAUGGACUCAUCGACGAUGGAGGACUUUGAGUUAUCACUGAAGACGACAUCUGUGCCCAAUACGAAUUACAAAUUCACGUACAAGCCGGUGAAGGAGACUUCAUCGAGCAGUGGCGAGUUAUUUAGGGAUGUAAUGCCGCAGGAGGAGAUGCCACAGAUAAUGCCAGUGAAGAAGGAGCCACUGUGUGCCGAGGAGGAGCGCAUCGAGACGGUGAGACGUCGUCCGGGCGAUUCGUUUGAUUGGACGCCACAGUUGAGCUUGCCGGGCUUCGUGGCAGCAUCCGUGACGUGCUUUCGCCAUGUUCCGGGCUACGAUGUGUGGUCUAAGGUGUCGGUGGGCAUGAAGGUUGAGGUGGAGAACACGGACUGUGAUAAGGAGAGUCAGACAACAGCGGCGGCUCUUGGAUAUGUACCUCAUUCGUUCUGGGUGGCGUCUCUGCUGCGAAUUCAGGGAUAUAAGGGUCUUCUGCGCUAUGAGGGCUUCGACGAUGAUGCAAGCCACGAUUUUUGGGUGAAUCUCUGCUCGUCCGAGGUGCACCAUGUGGGCUGGUGUGCCACGCGCGGGAAACCUCUCAUCCCGCCCAAGACAAUUGCGAAGAAAUACAGUGACUGGAAGGCCUUUCUCACGAAUCGCUUGUCAAACGCGCGUACUCUGCCCACGACGUUCUACAACAAGUUGAGCGAGAGUUUCAAGUCGCGCUUCCGGCCGGGGCAGCAACUCGAGGUGGUGGACAAGAAUCGCAUCUCACAAGUGAAGGUGGCCACAAUUCAGAAGAUUGUCGGCAAGCGCUUGUACGUGCGCUACUAUGACGAUGUGGAUGACAAUGGCUUCUGGUGCCACGAGGACUCGUCGCUGAUUCAUCCCGUUGGGUGGGCCACGACAGUUGGCCACCGGAUAGCCGGUCCAAUGCACUACAUGACGCGAAUGGGACAGGCGAAUGAUGCGAUGAUUGAACUCCUGACGGACGACGCGACGCACGAUUUGUUCAAGAUGAAUUUCACCUACGAAGAGUACUACCUGGACGGAAAGGUGUCCAACUUCAAGGUGGGAAUGAAGCUCGAAGCGAUCGACCCACUGAAUCUCUCAUCAAUAUGUGUGGCAUCCGUGAUGGCGGUACUCAAGUUUGGCUACAUGAUGAUUCGUAUUGAUUUCUAUGAUCCUGUCGCGAAUGGAACUGAUUGGUUUUGCUACCAUGAGAAAUCUCCUUGCAUCUUUCCCGUGGGCUUCUGUGCGAGGAAUAAUAUCCAGCUGAUACCACCGGCUGGCUAUACAGUUAACAAAUUCAGCUGGGACGAAUACCUGAGGAGCACAGGCAGUUCGGCGGCUGGCGAGGAGUUGUUCAGCAUGGAAGUGCCACAUCACAAAUUUCAAGUGGGCAUGAAGAUAGAAUGCGCGGAUUUGAUGGAUCCGCGAUUGGUUUGCGUGGCGACGAUUUCACGCGUCGUGGGUCGCCUCCUGAAGGUGCACUUUGACGGCUGGGAGGACGAGUAUGAUCAGUGGCUGGACUGUGAGUCGCCGGACAUCUUCCCCGUGGGCUGGUGUGUGAUGGUCAAGCAUCGGCUCGAGGGCCCGAAAGUGUCAGCGCCGGUGAAGCCGAUGGUGGCGAAGAAGCGGGGUAAAAAGAAGAUGAAAGGAGGACGGAGAGGCAUGAAGAAUCAGACGUCGCCGGCAUCGUUGAAGAGCGAGAAGGAGGCAGUGGGAAGGACGGGUGGCAGGCGCACGGACGGACGACUGGGAGGUACGAUAUCAAUCAAGAAGGAGCAAAGACAUUCGGAGGACGAGGAGGACUUGAGUGGUGGCGAGAGUGACAUAUCCGAACAGACCAAUCAAACUGAACAUAGUGAUACAUCUUCAUCGCUUGCGGGGGUGAAUGCUGUGGAGAGGAUUAAGCCCACCGCCCAGUCGUCCUCAUCCACGUCACCUCUCUCUAAUCCACCGUCAGAGCGGAAAGCGACGAGUUAUAUUAAUAAUUCUGCUGUAAGCAGUCCCAAGUAUAUUCCUCGACUCAACGACACCAGCAGUUUGCCAGACAUUGCGACGGGAUCGUCGGCGUCCAGUGACAUGGAGUUGUGUCCGGAAGUGUGGAACAUCUUUGAUGUGGCGACUUUCCUGCGUGUGAACGACUGGACGGCGUACUGUGACACAUUCAGUCGCAACAAAGUGGACGGCAAGCGAUUGCUGGAGCUGACGAAGGACGAGAUAAUCACGAUGCUCAGCAUGAAAGUAGGACCGUCACUCAAAAUCUAUGAUCUCAUCCAGCAACUCAAGUGCAAACUCAAUCCUACACAGCUGAGGCGGGGCAAGAAGUUUUUAUAGUGCCUGACACUGAUAGUGAGAAGACUCGAGAGUCAAAUGUGUGUGUGUUGAGAGUGUAAAAUUUGAUAAAAUUAUUUGCCUCGUGGGAUUGCAGCUGGUUGAAGCGGGCGCAUGAGGGGGAGUCGAUUGGAUGCUGGCCGACAGCGUUCAAAUUACUGGAAAUUAACAGAAUCAGGGAUUAGAGGUAGAUGAUUGGAGGAGAGAGUGUAAAUAUGAAAAUUGCCAUAUACUUAUUGCACGGGGAGUAGCACACACCUUCGGGGCAGAUGAUAAACACAUGAGAAGAUGAGGAAGCAUUCAUAAAGGAUAGAGAAGAGUUUUAAGGUAAUUUUGCAUAGAUUCUCAAACAUAUUGUACAUUUUCAGCAUAUUUGAGCAAUAGAUGAAGAAAUAUAAGUUAUUUAGAUAUGAA